GGAAGAUGGCGGGGUGCGGGGGCCCCCUCUGCUGCUGCGCCGGCUGCUGCUGUUGCUGCGGGGAGAGGGAGAGCCGCACCCCGGAGGAGCUGACUAUCCUCGGAGAAACACAGGAGGAAGAUGAUGAGAUCCUUCCACGCAAGGACUAUGAGAGUUUGGAUUAUGAUCGCUGUAUCAACGAUCCCUACCUGGAAGUGUUGGAGAGCAUGGAUAACAAGAAAGGUCGACGGUAUGAGGCGGUGAAGUGGAUGAUGGUGUUUGCCAUUGGAGUCUGCACAGGACUGGUGGGUCUGUUGGUUGACUUCUUCGUACGACUGUUCUCGCAACUCAAGUUCCGGGUGGUGCAGUCUUCGGUGGAAGAGUGCAGUGAAAAGGGCUGCCUGGCCUUGUCUCUCCUCGAGCUCUUGGGUUUUAACCUGACAUUCAUCUUCUUGGCCAGCUUGCUCGUCCUGAUUCAGCCAGUGGCAGCGGGCUCUGGGAUUCCCGAGAUCAAGUGUUACCUGAACGGCGUCAAAGUGCCCGGGAUCGUCCGCCUCCGUACCCUGGUGUGCAAAGUGUUGGGCGUGCUCUUCAGCGUGGCAGGCGGUCUCUUCGUUGGGAAGGAGGGACCCAUGAUCCACAGUGGUGCAGUUGUAGGUGCUGGAUUGCCCCAGUUCCAGAGCAUCUCCUUCCGGAAGAUCCAGUUCAACUUCCCCUAUUUCCGCAGUGACCGGGACAAGCGAGACUUUGUGUCGGCAGGUGCCGCCGCGGGUGUUGCUGCAGCUUUUGGGGCCCCAAUCGGGGGCACUCUGUUCAGCUUGGAAGAGGGUUCGUCCUUCUGGAACCAGGGACUCACCUGGAAAGUGCUCUUCUGCUCCAUGUCUGCCACCUUCACCCUGAACUUCUUCCGCUCUGGGAUUCAGUUUGGAAGUUGGGGUGCCUUCCAGCUCCCUGGACUGCUGAACUUUGGGGAAUUCAAGUGCUCUGACUCUGAUAAAAAAUGCCACCUCUGGACAGCUGUGGACUUGGGGUUCUUCAUCGUGAUGGGGGUCAUUGGGGGCCUCCUCGGAGCCACUUUCAACUGCCUGAACAAGAGGCUCGCAAAGUACCGCAUGCGCAACGUGCAUCCGAAACCUAAGCUUGUCAGGGUCCUAGAGAGCCUGUUGGUGUCACUGGUGACCACAGUUGUGGUGUUCGGGGCUUCGAUGGUCCUGGGAGAAUGUCGGCAGGUGUCGUCCGCGAGUCCGAGCGGUAAUGGCUCCUUCCACCCACAGAACCCUUCAGAAGAUGUGAAUUCGAGCAUCAAGACCUUUUUUUGCCCCAACGAAACCUACAAUGAUAUGGCUACCCUUUUCUUCAAUCCCCAAGAGGUUGCGAUACUGCAGCUUUUCCACCAGGACAGUACUUUCAGCCCCAUCACACUGGCCUUGUUCUUUGUCCUCUAUUUCUUACUCUCCUGCUGGACCUAUGGCAUUUCUGUGCCCAGCGGCCUGUUUGUGCCCUCGCUGCUCUGCGGAGCUGCUUUCGGGCGCUUGGUUGCCAACGUCCUCAAAAGCUACAUCGGGCUGGACCACCUGUACUCGGGGACGUUUGCCCUGAUCGGAGCCGCGGCGUUUCUGGGCGGGGUGGUCCGCAUGACCAUCAGCCUCACCGUCAUCCUGAUUGAGUCCACCAAUGAGAUCACGUACGGGCUCCCCAUCAUGAUCACCCUGAUGGUGGCCAAAUGGACGGGAGACUUUUUCAACAAGGGCAUUUAUGAUAUCCACGUGGGCCUGCGGGGCGUGCCCCUCCUGGACUGGGAGACCGAGGUGGAGAUGGACAAGCUGAGAGCCGGCGACAUCAUGGAGCCCAACCUGACCUACGUCUACCCGCAUACCCGGAUCCAGUCCCUGGUCAGCAUCCUGCGUACCACAGUGCACCAUGCGUUCCCCGUAGUAACCGAGAAUCGGGGGAAUGAGAAGGAGUUUAUGAAAGGGAACCAGCUCAUUAGUAACAACAUUAAAUUCAAGAAAUCGAGCAUCCUGACCCGAGCGGGCGAGCAGCGGAAACGGAGCCAGUCCAUGAAGUCCUACCCGUCGAGCGAGCUCCGCAACGUGUGUGACGAGCACGUAGCCACCGAGGAGCUGGCCGAGAAGGAAGACCUGUUGCAGCAGAUGUUGGAGAGACGAUACACGCCGUACCCCAACCUGUACCCAGACCAGUCCCCCAGCGAAGAUUGGACCAUGGAGGAGCGCUUCCGCCCUUUGACUUUUCACGGCCUCAUCCUGCGAUCCCAGCUGGUCACCUUGCUGGUCCGAGGCGUCUGUUACGCUGAAAGCCAAUCGAGUGCUAGCCAGCCUCGCCUUUCGUACGCGGAGAUGGCUGAAGAUUACCCCCGGUACCCUGACAUCCACGACCUGGACUUGACACUGCUGAACCCCCGUAUGAUUGUGGACGUGACUCCUUACAUGAACCCCUCACCCUUCACGGUCUCCCCCAACACUCACGUCUCACAAGUCUUCAACCUGUUCAGAACCAUGGGCCUCCGACACUUACCUGUGGUGAACGCAGUAGGAGAGAUUGUUGGGAUAAUCACCCGGCACAACCUGACCCAUGAGUUUCUCCAGAGCAGACUAAGGCAGCACUACCACGCCAUCUGACCUCCCUCAUCCCUCGCCCAUCCACAAGGCAGCCCUUCCCAUCCCGAAGAUGCGCAGAGGGGGCCCGCUCUCUCUGCCCCCGGCCUCGGCCAUCCCAGGACGCAGAGGAUUCAUCAGUUGGUUUCAUCCCCCUCGCAUCGAGAGCCUGGAGACCUCAGAAACGUUUCGCUGGUCAGAGGCGGGAGAAACUGUGAGGAAUACCAUCUGGCCCCAUCGGAGAGGUUUGGUCUCCCCGAAUACCUCUGAGGAAGAGCUUCUUUCAUUUGUCCUGGCUCCCCUUUGCAUGACACCCGCCUCGGUACCGCCUGCGGCGAUACUUGAGGGUCAGCGGUUAGAACCGGUCCCUGCCUAAGCCAGGCCUUAAGCCCACUGCAGUAGGAAACUUGAAGCGUGAUUUCUCUCGUCCUCCUCCAUGCAGCUUUUCUUCCUCCCUGGAGGGGAAUGCAGCUGAUGCCUUACUGACUGCGCAGGAGGUGUGGUUAAGGCUGUUGCCGUGGUGAUGGCGACUACCAAAGGAAAGAGGAUCACUCAUUUUAGGAAGUGGAAACAUCCACUUCCCAGAAACCCUUUCCCGGUUAGGGGCCGCCAUGUGUUUUGUGGGCUUUUGGGUUUUUGUUUUUUUUUAAUCAAAAGGCAUGUACUUUCUUUUCAGGGGUCAGCAAGUGCUCUAUUCUUAGGGCCUGGGGCACAAGGCAGGACCCCAAAGCAUUGGAAUCCAGGAGUGUUUGGGGUGCAGAUAGAUGUAGCCCCUUUCCUCUGUCCUUCAAUCCCAAACCCUUGAGUGGUCCCCAAACUCCCGUCUUCACCGCCAUUGGCAUUGCCUGGGGCUUGGGAGGCUUGGCUUGGCUCUCUCCUCCCUUUCCUCCCCCAGGGGAUUCAGCAUUUCCAAGGGCUGGCUCAUCAGUUCCAUGGUGCCCCUGCCUCUUUAGAAUCUAGCAUCCAAAACCAACAUUAAUGGAGCAGGAGGACACUGGAAUGAUAUGAAGUGUCGUCAGGUUGGUAAGGGGAGACACCUGUUUCGCGCUCUGAACAAUCAGGAGCACGUUCGCUAAGCAGGGUCAGCCGCAGGGCGACCCCAAGCCAACGCGAGGCCCUUUUCCGAGAAUCAUCUGCAGGAAGCUGGUCGCCGAUGGUCCAGGCUGUCACUGGCAGCCAAUAUGCCCUAGUUCCUCCCUUACACUCCAGAGUGAAAGGUUUCUAGUGGUGUGGGGGGCGGCCCACCUGUUUCCUUUUUGUGGCUGUCUGUCUUCUCUUCCUUCUCUCCUUGUGUCCUCCCAGCUGUCACAUCUCUUGGUUUCCCAGCCCCUUAGACAGGUGUGAUCUCUAGCCUCAAGUUAAGGUGGGGCGGGAUCUCCUUUGCCCCCAUAAGUGGCCUGGAGGCAGGGGUCGCCGCUGUCGGUGCCGAGGAGGUCAGAGAGAUGAAGUCCCUGCUGAUGGAUUGUCUCGUACCACCGGCAAGGUUCAGGGAUGAGUCACGGCGGUGUGAUCGAGCUGCUUGUUUGACCCUCCUACCCGAGGGUUCCCGGGUAUGGGGGAAGAGCCCCUGAACCUGGGCACCCCAUCAGAAACCUCCAGGGAUCUGGGAGUAUUUUGGGACCAAAAAGCCAAAACCAGAGACCUAAUUGUGUCCUGUGGUCCCCAUUUUGUUUCCUGCCGGAGACCAGGUGCCGUAGUACCCUGUACCCUUUCAAAAAUAAUGAUUUUUUUGUGGAAUUUCACUGAGCGUUUUGGAAGCCUCCCGCACUCUAAAGACUGUGAAGGGCCAAGGUUGUUAUGGUGUCUUAGAGGAUCUCCCAUGCCCUGCCGUUCUUUUCCCACUCACUUUUCACCUCGCCCCUGCUUUUCCCAGCUCAGGUGCCAGAGACGUCCUUCUCGCCCCUCUCUUCCAUUUCCUUUCAGCACAGACAGUCUGCAUUCGGCUGUGUCCUGGCUGUCCCCGAGGCUAUCGUUUGUGUUUGUGUGUGUGCGCGCACGUGUUAGUGUGUUUUGAUCAUCUCUCUCCUCUGCCCAAGCUGUUACUGUGGGCUGUACCAGCUGACGCCAUACCCCAACCGAUGCGGACUUGGCCCAGGAUGCCAAGCGGACACCCAGGUCCCGACCUACUGCAGUGCCCCUUCUUGAGGGCAUCCAGGCAGGCAAAAGAAUGAUCCAGGUUUCUCUGGGGACUUAGGUUCCAGCCUCUCUGCUCGUUCCCUCUCUCUCUUCUGCCCUUCCCGAGGCCUGGGGACCUCAGCUUCUCCACCCGUAAGAAAUAUACUGGAAAUCUCAUGACCACAAACGCCCUUGUUCUAUUAAAGAAACCGUCCCUCUGAGGAUCCACCCCGCUCUCCACCCCAGAGACGGGUAACCUCGUACCUCCCCGCUGCAGGCCGCAGCUUGUCAUUGAUGGGGUUAAGGAUGUAUUUCUUCCCCAGGGUGGGAUUCCAGAAUGACCCGUGUCAGAGGGCAUGGCUCUCAUCUCUGCGGCCGAGGAGUCGUCAAAUCUGGACCUCGGCUCUCUAACGUAAGCCCCCGGUAUGGUUGGCCCACGCUCUCGUUUGGACAGGCCGUUUCCUCCUAGAGCCGCCUGCUGAGCGGAAGUGACCCUUCUAACGGGGCUGUCUUGUGCCGCUUUCCCAGAACCAAACCAAGCUAGCGGUGCCGGGAAGGCCCCGGGCGAGAGACAGGACCAACCCCUCCUGGGACCCCGGGCUGAUUUCACGUGCAGUAUUGCCUAGUAGCGCCUCCGUCUCUUCAGCCGUUCCUUCGGGAGCAACCUCCCGUUUUUAUUUCCCGUUUGCACUGUUUGUCUCUAAAAAGAUGUAAGCUAAUUCCACUGUGUAUAUAAAUGGUAUUUUUUUAAUUUGUACAAAUCUAUUUUUAUUUGAACUUUCAGCACUUGGACGUUCACACUGUAGCCAUAACAUGCCUAAGAGUCCAACACCCCCGCUGCCUCCUUCGGGGGCUUGCCGGCAGCGGUCUCUUCCCCCAAGUGCGACCUACUCUUUCAACUUGUUAAUUUAUUUGUUUCUUACGAUCACGGUCUGUACAAAGCAUAAAGGCGGGAACAAACUU